GUCAUCCCAGUAAAUCGGUUUUAGUCAGCUCCUCUAGUGAGAAGUCAAUAAUGAAAUGGUGAAUAUUUACCUGUACGAAUCAAUUAUUUAAUAAUUCAGCAACCUGGACCGGUCAAUUAUGGAGGCCAGUGAUAGUGUAAAAGGUAGAAUCGGUGGAAGUACAAGAGGAGUCAGAAUGGCAUUUGAUCGAUUUCAAGGCACUUCUUUUGGACCAGACUCUCUCUUUUCAACCCACAAACAACAGGCUUGUGGAACUGGAGACAAUGGGAGUCUGUUUCCACCAUUCCUACCUUUAUCCAAUUUCUCUCUGCCAGAGGAACCUGGGAUGCCCUACACUCCAUGGUCUGUUCAUGAUGAUCCAUACCAACUCAUUGAAUGUGCGCAGAACAAUAAAAGCAGAAAUCUUACUGAUGGAAAUGACCGUGGAAGUGAAGCUGAUCUGUAUGGGUUGGUGUCAGAUAUCUUGGGAGAAGCUGAUAAAAUGGACAGUUAUUACAGUGAAGAGGCAUUACCCAAUUCAAAUUCUGUCUGGUCUCCAAAGUGCAUGAGGGAGGAUUACCAGCAAUAUCUCCAGCCAGAGUCAAAAAUCCAUCUCCCACCACCCUUUCUGCCAAGUCAUGCCUACCAUGAGCCUUUGAAUAAAACACUAGAUCAGUCAAUAAACAGGGAUUCAGAGGAGAUGUACCAGCGAUUCACCAGCUUAGAUUCCAGUGAACAGUGGCUUUUCUCUUCCUGCCUCGAAGACAUGAACAGCUACGUUCUCCAGAAUCAAGAGUUUCAGAAACCACCAGGUCUACAGUUGCCUACUGUGGGGAACUCCUACCUGUCUAAGAUGAGACAGAGUAAGCACGAGUACAGUGCAUCUGAUGUUGAAGGACCAUGUGUGUCAGUGCAUUCUCUCUCUGAUCACAUGGAAGCAUUUCAACCCCAAAACAAGAUCAAUAGCCAUGGCUUUGAUCACUAUUAUGAAGAUUACGCUGGUCUAAACAGCGUAAUGCCCAGGAGAUUCAAGCAGUAUGCAAUGCAAGAUGUCAACAAACUGGCCUGUAAUAUGCAAUCCCUAAUGGUUGGUGAGCAAGACAACUCGUGUGCCAGGGAAUCCCAGAGCCGCCAGACUGCACAGAUGCAAUACGAAGCCAGCAUGGCUGAACAGAGGAAAUUCACCAGCCCCAGAAUGCAGGCACAUAAUACUCCAACCAUGCAGUUUCAUAAAGAACUGGGAGGGGACUUUGGGGCAGUGCAGCAGGAGACUGAUGGAGGAGGAAGUAAGCUGCCACUGCAGAGUGAAUUCAUGUCUAAAGAUGUAUCUGAAUUUGGUCCCCAACUUGUUGAGUACUUCCAGAAACCAAAAGCACUGUCUACAGCUUCCAAUCCUGCAAACAUGUAUCAGAGUAAGAUGAACGGCCAGAAAGGAAACAGCUCACUCUCCAUGAACCCGAAUAUUAACCAGUUCUUCUCACAUCCCAGCCAGCAGAACCAGCUACAGAAUAAGCCCAAGCUCAUCAGGAGCAACUGUGUGUCGUCUGGCUCCAACAAUAUGCUAUCUCACUCUGUGUCCGAGUUUGUGCCUCAACACCCGCAACAAACACAGAGAGGUUCACUUUGCAUUCAAGAUUUCAGUCAGGGAGAUGGGCCAGUGCUCCACAACCGGGAAGGACAGAGCCAACUAGGACUGGCCAUGGAUGGGCUGAGAAGGGGAGGAGGAGAUGCAGACUUUCAGCCGAAUAAGAAGAGAAUACCCAUGGCUGGCUUGGUGGGUGAGGCCUACUCUGGACAGUGCAUGGAUGGAAAGACAACCAAGCCUCAUACAGGCAGUCACAUGGGAGAGGGAGACAAGAAGGGGCUUCUGCAUAACCCCUACCUGGACAACCAGGGAAGCAUGUACGGCUCUCAGAGAUUUGCAGGGGGACUGAGCAACAUCAGCAUGGGGAAGACGUCAGCCUUUCCGCCCUACAUGUACCCUGUGAGCAACCCCAGACAGAGCAACUGCCACAUGCCCACCAUGACUUCAUCCGGUUUCAACUCCAGGUCCUCUCUCCCUUAUGGAAGCUGUGUCCCGCUCACUGACUUGUGUGAUUUGCUGCCAGACAGUGAGUUUGCAGCUUUCAGCCCCUUUGACCUAAUGGGGUCCAGUGCAGAGGGCCUGUAUCCUGGGAUGUCAUUUGACCUGAGGUCCCCAAGGAUGAUGAGGAACCGUGGUGGACCAAUGAGCCAGCUGCACUGCCACCUGGAAGACAGCUAUGACCAAUGGAGGCUCUUGGAGAAGGAAAGAAAGAAGACUGAGGUGAUUCUUACCAAGACUUAUCCUGGGAGGCAGAUUUCAACUGUAAGCAGCAAUGCCCUCCCAAAAGUCCCUUCUAAUCCCUCCAAAGUCGACCGUCUCAUCGUGGACCAGAUUCGAGAGCUGGCCAGGGUGGUGAGUCUUCUUGGUAAGAUGGAACGACUCCGCAGCAUCCCACUCCAUGCCAAUAUCAGUUCAACGCUGGACAGACAUCAAGAAGCUAUUUACAUCACCCAGGCCAGACGCAAGGAGGAAUUCAUUAACACGUCCUGCCGGCAGAGGCAAGGAGGGGGCCAUAUCAGAGAGGACAGAGACAUCCUGCUGCUGGCCACAGCACUGAGGGACCUCUGUGUCACCACCAGGAAGGCCCGCACUGCCCUGUGGUGUGCUCUCCAGAUGACACUGCCCAAGAGCUCCACUGACGAGCUGGAGGAGGAGGGCGACAGCCAGAAGAGCAGCCCAGGGAGGAGACUGAGACCUGGGCUGCUCUGAGGCCUCCACCACACUGUGGCCUUCACACAUCACAUCACACAAUGUCACAGACCUCUGAGGAUGACAUUGGUGUGCAUGGAUGAAAUGUUUAUAGCACCACUAUAUAUUACGAGUUCACUUUGUCAUACAUAAAGCUCAGUUUGGGCAAAUUUAAGUUAUAAAUAUUCAGUUGGAUAUUUUCAGUCUUGAAAUCAAAAUCUAAUUUGUGAUCUGUGUAAGAACAAUGUAAGGCAGGGGUUUGUUUAAAUUACUUUGAAAUGGCAGUUCAACUCUAUUAUAACUCUAGGGGUCCAUAUUCUUAUCAGUGGUGUUUUAUCAGCCAUGUGGUGAUCUCUGUAAAAUGAUAUACAGUACCAUAUUCACUAUUGUUAUAAUGAAGGAAAUUAUCCUUGUACUUGUUACAAAGAUAAUGGGUUUCAUAUAGCUUUGUUAGGGAUCACUAGUUUUGAUAAAACAUAAUUAAUAGUUGUUCUUGUAGAUAGGAGUCUGUAGUAUGAAAUGUAAUUAAUCCUGUAUAAUGUAAUUGGAGACAUGAAUUAGUGUCAUAGCUGAGAUUAAUGGAUAUAAUCUUGAAAAUCUAAAUUUUUGUUAUUUAUUAAAAUGUCAUUUGGCAUCCAGUUCAUAGGAUGCUUUUACAUAUUUUUUAAAAAUUUGUCAAUCACUAGUGAAAAUUACACUUGUUAAGUGAGCUUGGUAAUGGAAUACAUUUUUCCAUAUAUUUUCCAUGUUCACAUACUAAUCAGUCGACAACUUUUGAAGCUUUGUGUUUCCUGAUAACCUGAGAUAGUUGGUGCAUUUUUUAAUUUACCCUCAAACAAUAAAGUAUGAGAACAAGCAAAAUGUUCACAUCCCUUAAAUUCCUGUUCAAGUUCAAAAUGAAUGUUUCCCAAAGAUUUUUUGUAUUAAGUUAUUUCAUCACAUAAACUAAGAAAAAAUACAAAAACAUAUCUUUAAAUAAAUUUGAA